AUACUGUAAUAGGCUAACUAUUACCAGCCUAACCAGUGAGCCAACGGAUCGACAGUUUGUUUCGUGAUCUUGCAAUUCUUGUCAACUCCUGCCAGGAUGGUUGAUCGAAUGAUAUUCAAGAAGUUGUUAUCAGUGUUACUUGUGACACUUGUGUGUACAAAAGUAUCCACGAUUGAUGUGUUGACACGUGACUUCUGUUACUCUGAGCAUUGGUGUGAGCCAGCUGCUUGGGAGGACACGUUUUUUGAGUGUGCCGACAGCCCAUCAAAAUAUCCUUCACCAGUAAAUCUAAAUCCCAGUUUCAUGGAGAGGGAUGCGACCUUGACACCACUUGAAUUUGUGAACUUCAGUUCCCUUCAGGGAGGGAACUGGGUUUUGAAAAACAUCAGAAACACUGUUGCUUUGGAGUUUAACGUUGGAAUGCAAGUAAAGGGAGCUAGCUUGCCUAAGGAUUAUGAAACCAUACAUGCCACAUUCCACUGGGGAAGUUAUUCUAACAAUGGCUCAGAACACACGUAUAAUAACAGGAGAUAUCCAAUGGAGAUGCAGAUCUACAGCUCUGUCUUUGGCUCUGGCUAUGCUGACCUGAAUGAAGCCCUCACCAAUGAAAGCAGCUCCGUGCUGGUCAUGAGCGUCUUUGUUGAUAUUGCAUAUGAAAACAAUCCCCUCAUGGAAACAGUUGUCGAUGGGUUGCACUCAAUACCUUUCGCAGGGGACCAGGUGGCGGUGACACCGUUUAUACUUGAGGAUUUCCUGCCGAACAAUACAGACAAGUAUUACCAGUAUCAGGGGGCCCUCACAUACCCCGACUGUAUGUAUAAAGUGGAGUGGAUCAUCUUUGAAGAGCCCAUCUAUAUCAGCGAAGGACAGUACUUUAGCUUCUACAGCCAGGUGUAUUACAACGAGAUAGCAGACGAAACAGCCAAGCUGCUCAUCAACAACUUCCGGCCUGUUCAUCGCUUGGGAAAUCGCAUCGUGAGGGUCAGUCCUAACGCCACCAUCCCUGUCGAAUCCUCCACUUGUGGCCUCUCUGCCAACAUCCACCUCGCUGUUCUUUUACCCAGUCUAGUGUCUGUGAUGGUUAAAUUGAUGUAAUCAAUCACUAUAGCCACCCCAAGCUUGCACCCCUUACAUUCAUGUAGCUCACUUGAUAUUGAAAUAUACGUAGAUAUAUUCUAUUUGGAUGUUUUUCAAUGUUUUUGUUCAUUUGUAUUUACACCACAUUCUAACCACAAAAAUGUUUUUUUUUUUUUUGGUAGCUUAACUAGCCUGUGUGUGCAGAUAUCUGGUUAAAUCUUUCUUAGUGGUCAGGUGUUCUAGAUGUAGAUGUGUUUUCCUUUUUAUUUUUUCAUUAUAAUCAUUUAUACUUUCGGACUUAAUGGAGCUGUCCAGCGACACAUUCGUCUACAUUACAGCUUACACACCUUUGCACAUGUGAUAUGUGUGUACAGAACUGAAGUUGAAUUGGAUUUACUCAAGAACCUUUGAAUUGUUGAAAAUAAAACUUAAUUGUAUCA